CUUACGAGUGCACCAAACUGCGCGUGCCACCGACCCGAGACUUUCCCAACCAAACAACUCAUCUUCUUAGCUUAAUUAGCUCCGGUACUCGCUCCGAUAACUUAUCGCUAAACCGGCCAGUGCCCGAAAAUCCGAUCGCCAGUAUUUCGCGCUCGUUUUUUGUUUGUCCGCGGAGCUUCGUUUGUGAAAUAUAAAGCAGCAGCUCCCCCGUGCAUUAGAACUAAGCGCUAAUGACUGUCGCCGCUCCAAUGAACCCCGGAAGUACCGACUGAUCUUCCGCAGUCUUGCAAGUGUUCGUGAUCGUGAAGUUACUCUUUCGAAGCUACCGCCGAAGCGCUCACCGAGCUCAUGCUCUUCGCUCACCUUCGCGAAUACUCCGAAGGAACGCGAUCCCUCCAAAAUUCGGCGCCCCGUGACCGACUCGCCGAUCGAAAAUUCCGACCCUCCUCACCUCGCUAAGCCCGUCGCUGCCACUGGCUUUGUCAACUCCGGAGCGAACAACGCAACACCCAUUUAUGCGAGUCCCCGGUGGUGAAAUCCGCGUCAACGAGGAUCAUCUCCUCCCCGUCGAGGUGUCCAGCCUCCCUGGCAAUUGCUACCAGGAGAACGAGCUUCCGGGAGGGGAUUACAGCUGGAAAGAGGCAGCUCUGUCAAGCAUCGCGACGACUCUUACAGGGCAACUGCACUCGGGGAGCGGAGAAAGCGACUGCGAAAACGUCAAGGGCUACACCAGCCCCCAGCAGGCGAUCCCGCUCGAGCGAAACUCCGGCAGCGAAAUCGUCCCCGAAAACCGCUGUCUCGUCCCGUGCAACGAGCACCAGCAGCAGCAACAACAACAACAACAACAACAAUCUGAAGCUGUUGCAAGAACCGCAAUCACGACGACCUCGACGACGACGACGGCAACCGCCUUCACCGUAGCGUCAAGCAUGCUCCUCCUACAGACCCAGAGUCCAUUCGGAUGCAGCAGCUUCGCCGACCUCCUCGGAGCCCCUUAUAACGAUCCAACGGAAGCGGGAAGCCUCCCCGAAGAACUGGACCCCUUUCCGGAACUCCAGCUCGGCAACCCUCAGGCCCUGUCCAGCCCCGAUGAAACUCCACAGACUCAGCAACCCAUUCAUCACAAUUUACAACAACAUCCCCAGCACAGAGCCCCCAUCGCAGCUGUUGUCGACGUCCAAACCGACUCUCUCAGUCCAACGCCAUUGCCAAGUUUCCAAGACACUUACACGGUGCAUCAGCAGCGUUACACGCGCCAGGAGCUCAUGGGUCUUGGAAUAAAGAUGGACGACGAGUGUUUCGAUUCGUUGCAAUACGCCUGCAACGAAGUUCCUUAUACUGCUGAUUUUUCGAGCUCUGUCGCCUAUCAGACUCAUCAUCAGCCACAGCACCAUCAGCAGCAACAGCAUCAUCAUCAUCAUCAUCAUCAUCAGCAGCAGCAGCAUCACCAUCAACAGCAACAGCAACAGCAUCACCAGCAACAUCACCAUCAUCAUCACCAGCUCGUGCAGCAUCAUCAUCAACACACGAGCGCAAAUGACAAUCACAAUCAUCACAAUAUCACUCCGGGAGCGUUGAGCCCAGCAUCGCCGACGUUGUCGACGAGUGCUGGUAGCGCCACGAGAUCGCCGCCUCCUGGCUCGCCGCCUCCGAUGUCGAUAGCGUCAAUCGGCAACGCCGCACCGCCGCCACCACCCCCACCCCCGCCAUUACCACCCCCAGGAUAUUUUGCAGCGAUCUCCUCAACCUCGCAACGCGAAAUCGCCAACAACGCUUACGCCAAUUUACCUAUUACCAACUCCUACGUACAAGCCAACAGUCUCGUCGGCCCCAUCGUCAACAACCCUCCUGUCAUCCCGACCGGGAGAACGCGAAUGACCCUCCAGAGAUCCGACUCAGCGAGCAGUGGAAGCAAUCAGGAAUCGCCGAAAUCCCGAGUGAGCAACCCCAACGGAACGAGCACCAAUAACAACAACAAUAACACGAUAAACAACAACGGAAACAACGGAAAUUCGUCGAUACCGUCGCCCGGUGGUAGCGAACGGGCGCCACCGAGUCCCAGUCAACUCUGCGCCGUCUGCGGGGACACAGCCGCCUGCCAGCACUACGGAGUUCGUACCUGCGAAGGCUGCAAAGGCUUCUUCAAACGCACCGUACAAAAAGGCUCGAAAUACGUUUGCCUCGCUGAAAAAGCUUGCCCCGUCGAUAAACGACGACGCAACCGUUGCCAGUUUUGCCGAUUUCAAAAGUGCCUCAUGGUCGGUAUGGUGAAAGAGGUCGUGAGAACAGAUUCGUUGAAAGGGCGUCGUGGUCGAUUGCCCUCGAAGCCGAAAUCCCCGCAAGAGUCGCCCCCGAGUCCGCCAGUUUCGCUGAUAACGGCCCUCGUCCGUGCCCACGUCGACACGACCCCCGAUCUCGCGAACCUCGACUACUCGCAGUACCGGGAGCCCGGGCCCGCCGACCUGCCGAUAACCGAGGCUGAAAAAAUUCAACAGUUUUACAAUCUUCUCAUGACCUCUGUCGACGUCAUACGCAACUUUGCUGACAAAAUUCCCGGCUUCUCGGAGCUCACGAGAGAGGAUCAAGAGCUGCUUUUCCAGUCUGCGAGUUUGGAGCUUUUUGUACUGAGGCUGGCGUACCGCACGAGGGCGGAGGACACGAGUCUGACGUUUUGCAACGGUGUGGUUUUGACGCGUGCCCAAUGUCAGCGGAGUUUCGGUGACUGGCUCCACGGGAUCCUCGACUUUUGUCAAGCCCUCCGGGUCCUGGACGUCGAUAUCAGCGCGUUCGCGUGUCUCUGCGCCCUGACCCUGGUCACAGAGAGAUACGGUUUGAAGGAGCCUCAUCGCGUGGAGCUUUUGCAGACCAAAAUAAUAUCAUCGUUGCGAGAUCACGUGACGUACAACGCGGAGGCGCAGCGUAAAACGCAGUAUUUGUCGAGGCUGUUGGGCAAGUUGCCGGAGCUCCGAAGUCUCUCGGUCCAGGGUUUGCAACGAAUUUUUUAUCUCAAGUUGGAAGAUUUGGUGCCAGCGCCUCCGUUGAUCGAGACCAUGUUCGUCGGAAGUUUGCCCUUUUAAAGAUACGAAUAAAUAAUUAAAGAAAAUUGGAAAAAGAUAAAAGACAACAACAACCGAGCCUUAUCGUUAGGUAAUAACCAUUUUUUUCCUUUUUUUCAUCAAUUUACGAAUUCUUAUUGAAUUUUUGCAAACAUAUCAGCACGGCGAAGCUAUGAAUAUGAGAAGGGAAGCGUAAACAAACGAAUAUCGAUCAUUCGUCUCGAUGAAAAUUGUCUUUUUGUUACAAAAUGUUUUACACUGCGUUUCUCGUAUCGCGAAGCUUCGUCGAGCCGCCUUUCUAUGAAAAAAAAAGAAACAAAAAACAAAAAAAAACAAAUAUUUCUAUACAAAUGUAUGAAAAUAAAUUUACGAAUUUACUUUUUUUGAUACGCAAGUAUUCAGGGUGGCCCUUGAUCGACCGAACUAAAUUUGAUCUUGAUUUUGAGAAAUCUUCAUCGAAUUCGGGGAUGAACGGUCUUUUAUCGAUUGUACCCUGAAAACGGUCGGAGAUACGAGAAAAUUCCACAGGACCAAUUUUUUAGAGCGGGAAAUUUCCUGUAAGAACUCUCGACUGUACUUUCUCAUCUCCAGUCGUUCGAUCCCGAAGGCGGAUGGAAGGAGGCUCUCGAAAUUGUUCUCGAAAAUCACAGUGUUUUUCAAUCGGUUCUGAGCACUGAACUAGCGAAAAUAGAGAGACGUCGUCGGGAGCUUUUCGAUGGGAAAUUUCCCGAGCUACAACAUUGGUCCUGUGAACUUAUUCGCUAUCUCGAACCGUUUGGACGUUAUCGGCAAAAAUGUCCAUGGAUUUUUUAAAUUUGUUAAAAAAGAAACAAAAUUUCUAGGCUUUUCCGCUGAUUUCGAAGUUUAGUGUCCGGGUUACUGGUCGUGGGAUUACUUCUGAACGAGUGAAUACGUAAAUAUAUUUUUGUAUUUAUAUAUUUAUGUGUUUAUUCAAUAUCAGCGUAUCUUGUCAACGGAAAACGCAUUUUUUUCGUGCUAAGACUCAGAAAAUAGCGAAUAAACAAAUAAAUAUAUAUUUAUAAUAAAUGAAUGUAACGAUAAUCGAACGUGCGAACGAGACCAAUGUAUUUUGAGAGAAAUUUCGAGUGAUUGAGUGAGCCGGAAGAAACGAGAGCGAAAGAGGAGAGAAAAGAGCGUGUGAUCGAAGAUUUUAUGAUAAUUAUAUUGACGUCUAUGUGAUUUUAGUGACCUAAGGAUGAAUUUCUUUAAUUUACUUUUUUUAAAUAUUGAUUUUCGCACACCACGAAAGCACUUUGCAACCUAGAAACGUCGAUGAUCUAACGAUAAUAGGUGAUAAUAUAAUUAAAUAAUGAAUAUACCAAUAUUAUUUAAAGUUACAACAAAUAAUAUGAAUUUUUGCAUCUCUUUGUGUUUCGACGUACACGAAGAUAUAUAUUUCAAGUUAAAUAUCAAUGAAGAGAAGAAUAAAGAGGAUAUAAAAGUGAAAUUCAAGUUACCUAUUAUGCUACGAGCGAUCAUUUAAAUAAAUUGAUAAAACUAACAUAUGCAAUAAUAUUCAUAAUUAUUAUUAUAAUAAACAAAGUUAUAUACUUAUAUUUAAACAAACAAACAACCUAUUUAUACGUAUUUUGCGCUACUGUUACCACAAAGAUGAAGAAAAUGAGACGAAAAAGUAAAUGAGAAGGAAGAAUUAAGAAACGUGAAAAAGCAACAAACACCAUCACAAUUACCACUAUUUUAAACGCUAUUUACGAUAAUAAUAAUAAUAACAAUAACAAUGAAUAAUCCUACUAUUGUUAUAAAAAAUCGUACCAUUAAUUAUGUACCACCGUUACCAGACUUACGAGACAACAAAAACGAACAAAAUGAAAAAUACAAAAAAAUGUGUGGCUGUGUGUGAGUAAACGAGUGGGAAGAACGAAAGCACUUGGAAAACAUGAAAUGAACGUGGAAAGAACGAAAAACGAAUCGCACUACGUAAAAUGUAUUUACCAUAAUAGUUACUAUGAAUUAACGUUGCAAAAAAACUACUACUUUUUAUGUAUAUGUGUUUAUAUAUUGAGAGAAUGACAAGAAACGAAAACAAGAAGAAUAAAAAUAUAUAAAUUCAUUUAUUUCCACACUGAGCUGCUAUUACGCGCGCUAUGAGAUUAAUAAAGUGGAAAAUUGACGAAUAAUUAUGAUAAUUAUUACUAUUAUGACUUAAUAAAUUGAGAAAAAUGAA